AUGUCUUCUGAACACGAACAAUUCUUGUCCCAAUUCGCUGAACAACGUUCUGCUUUAAGGGAAGCUGAAAAGGAUGAAAUCCUUUUGAUUGAAAACAAGCGUAGAUUCGUCAUGUUCCCAAUUAAAUAUCACGAAAUCUGGGCUGCUUAUAAGAAAUUAGAGGCUACUUUCUGGCCUGCUGAAGAAGUCGAUUUAACAAAGGAUGUUGAUGACUUCAAGAAAUUAAACGAAGACCAAAAAGAUUUCUUCGCUAGAUAUUUAGCUGCAGCUACUACCGGUGAAGCUAACUUAGUUAACCAUCUUAUUGAAAGAUUCUCCGCUGAAUUACAAAACCCAGAAGGUAAGUCUUUCUACGGUUUCCAAAUCAUGGCCCAAAAUGUCUACGAUGAAGCUCACUCCAUGAUGAUUGACACUUUCUUUGACGGUGCCGAAAAAGUAAAGUACUUAAACGAAUUCCCAACUUCCAAAGAAGUUACUGCUAAAUUAAACUUCAGAAAAGAAUGGAUCGAAUCCCCAGAAUCUUUAUACGGUGAAAGAUUAGUUGCUUUAGCCGCUAAGGAAGCUCUUUUCUUAGCUGGUGCCCGUGCUGUCAUCUUCUGGUUCAUCUCUCAAGGUCUAUUCCACGGUGUUACUCACGGUAUCUCUAACAUCACCAGAGACAGAGGUUUCUACUCUGACUUCAACUGUUUAUUAUUCGCCCAUUUAAAGAACAAGCCAAAUGCUAAAGUCGUUGAAAAGAUCAUCGUUGAUGCCACCGAAAUUGAAAAGAACUACAUGGCCGACCUAUUAAAGGUUGAACAAUCCGGCUUAAAGUCUGCUCAAGUCAACCAAUACGUCGAAUUCUUAGCUGAUUCCCUAUUAGCUUCCUUCGGUAACGAAAAGCACUACAACGCUGCUAACCCAUUCGAAUUCAUGGAAGGUAAGACUACCAUCGGUAAGACUAACUUCUUCGAAAAGACCGUCUCUGACUACACCAAGGCUAACGAAUCUACUACCAAGGCUGCUUCUCACGAAGGUUUCGCUUUCAACGAAUCUUUCUAG